UGUCCAUUCUCCUCUUCAGACCAUCCAACAUUUUCCACUUUCCGUCUUGAGAUACCCCAGUGCUCCUGUUGUUUCCGGUUUUGUUCUUUAUAUAUUCUCUUCUUUUUCCAGGCAUUCGGAGAUAUAACUCCGGGUCAACGUAACCAUGGCUGCGCCUGCGGAUAGACACCCAAGCGCGAGCCACUAUGACAUCGUGAUCGUCGGCGCCGGACCAGUCGGUCUGAUGUUGUCGACCUGCUUGGCACGAUGGGGCUACAAGAUCAAGCACAUCGACAACAGAGCGGAGCCGACACCGACGGGGCGGGCCGACGGCAUCCAGCCGCGCUCGCUCGACCUGCUCCGGAACAUGGGGCUCAAGCCGGCCUUCAUGGCCCACAAGCCCGCCCGGGUGUACGAGGUUGCCUUCUGGGACCCGACGAAAGCCGGCAAGGGCAUCGUCCGGACCGGCACCUGGCCUAGCUGCCCCAGCUUUAUCGACGCGCGAUACCCCUUCACCACGCUCCUCCACCAGGGCCAUAUCGAGCGUGUAUUCAUCGCCGACCUCGAGAAGAACGGCGUCAGGGUCCAGCGGCCGUGGACCAUCCGGGGCUUCACCUCCAACGAGAAGGAGGAUCCGGAGUACCCCGUCACGGUCAGUCUGGAGCAUGUCGAUGGCACGGCCAAGGAGAACGUCAAGGCAAAGUACCUGUUUGGUGGCGAGGGUGCGCGCUCGUUCAUCCGCGAGCAGCUCGGGAUUGGCAUCAAACACAAGGACCCCAUUGCCUAUGUGUGGGGUGUCAUGGAUGGCGUCGUCAAGACGGAUUUCCCGGAUAUCAAGAUGAAAUGCAACAUCCACUCUGAGCAUGGCUCCAUCAUGGUGAUCCCGCGGGAGAACAACAUGGUCCGCCUCUAUAUCCAGAUCGCUUCGUCGACCGACCCCGACUUCAACCCGCGCAAGACAGCGACCGCCGAGGAGGUCCAGGCUUCGGCCAAGCGGAUCUUGCAGCCGUACUCGAUCGAGUGGGAGAGGGUGGAGUGGUACUCGGUCUACCCCAUCGGCCAAGGUAUUUCGGACAAGUACACCCUGGAUCACCGGGUGUUCCUGGGCGGCGACGCCUGCCACACUCACAGCCCCAAGGCCGGCCAGGGCAUGAACACGGCCUUUCUCGACGCUCUCAAUCUGGCAUGGAAGAUCCACGCCGUCGAGGCCGGCUUUGCCCAGCGCAGCCUUCUCGAGACGUACGAGCCAGAGCGCAAGGACGUGGCCGAGACCCUCCUAGCGUUCGAUAACAAGUACGCCAAGCUCUUCUCGCAGCGGCCCCCUUCGGGCAACGAAGUCGCCGCCGCGACCGCCGACACCAACACCGAAAACGAGUUCGUCAAAACCUUCAAGGAAUCCUGCGAGUUCACCAGCGGCUACGGCGUCGCUUACAAGCCCAACCCGCUGAACUGGUCGCCCUCCCACCCCGCCCAAUCCCACGUCAUCCUCCCGCCCAACCAAAAAACCAAACUCGUCCCCGGCCGCCUCUUCAUCAACGCCGACGUAACUAGGGUAGUCGACGCCAACGUCGUCCACCUCGAACAAGAAAUCCCGCUCAACGGCUCCUUCCGCAUCUUCAUCUUCGCCGGCAGACCCUCGCUCACCUCCCGCGCCCUUUCCGACCUCGCAGCCCACAUGUCCAGACCCAAAUCCUUCUACUCGACCUACACCCGCCAGGACCUCACCUCCGUCUCCCACCACGAGCGGCACAACCCGCACUCCCUCUUCUUCACGCUCUGCGUGAUCUUUGCCGCGCGACGCCCCGACGUCGAGAUCGCGCGCGACGUGCCCCCGCCGCUGGCCGCGUACCGCGACCACGUGUACGCCGACGACCGCUGGGACCGGCGCGUGCCCGACGCCAAGGCCUGCGCGCACGCCAAGAUGGGGCUGGACGAAGACCGCGGCGGCGUGGUGGUUGUCCGCCCGGACGGCUAUGUCGGGAUCGUGGUGGCGCUUGAGGAAGGGAGCGGCACGGUCGACGCGUUGAACGCGUACUUUGGCGCGUUCUGUAGUAAGCCUUUGGGGGGCACGCAGGCUAUGCUUUGACUUUGACUUUUGACGGGGACGGGGACGGGGACGGGGACGGGAGAAAA